UCGCUCUCUUUCGCCGCCGCCGCCGCUGCCGCCGCCUCAGCGUCGCUGUCGGCCCGAACGCGGCCCGCAGGCCCCGGGCAUCCUGGACAGCAGGCUAGCAGACUCAAAUUUAAAAUGGAAGUUGACAUUAAUGGAGAGUCCAGGUCUAUCUUAGCUACUCUCCCUCUGUCUAUUGCUGAGGUGGGUGCCUCAGGCAAGGUAGACUCAGAAAAACCUCGUUGUUCCAGCACUCCAUGUUCACCAAUGCGGCAGACUGUUUCAGGCUAUCAGAUCCUCCACAUGGAUUCUAACUAUUUGGUCGGUUUCACAACUGGGGAGGAGCUCUUGAAGUUAGCCCAGAAGUGCACUGUAGGUGAGGAGAACAAAGUUGAAGUGCUGCCUACCUUGCGCUCCAAACAGCUUGAUUCAGGACUAUCCCGUUCCUCACGGGUGUAUAAAGCUAGAAGCAGAUAUUACCAGCCUUAUGAAAUCCCAGCCAUCAAUGGUCGGAGAAGGCGACGAAUGCCUAGCUCAGGGGAUAAAUGCACCAAGCCACUACUUUAUGAACCCUACAAGGCUUUUCAUGGUCCUUUGCCUCUUUGCCUUUUCAAGGGUAAAAGGGCUCACUCUAAAUCUCUAGACUACCUCAAUUUAGAUAGAAUGAACAUCAAGGAACCAGCUGACACAGAAGUGCUUCAGUAUCAGCUCCAACACCUGACCCUAAGAGGGGACCGUAUGUUUGCUAGGAACAGCACAUGAAGAUAAAUUAUCCUUGGUUCUUUGUUGCAUCAGGAUCCUCUGUACAAUCUGGACAGACUUGCACAUGGUACUUAGUUCCCAUCAGCAGACCAUAAUUUAAAUGCAUAAGAUUAUGAAGAUGGCGCAGAGGGGAAAAAGUCAUAUGGAAGGAACUACUGGACAAUCCUGACUGCAGAUGUCUUUAGAAGACUAUAACAAAACAGAAGGUUUUGCACAAGGAAAACUGAGAUCCAUGGGGAUGUAACAGAAAUUGAUGUACUGUGUGACUUGUUCUGAACUGGGCUUGCUGUAAGAAAUUACUCAUGGAUAAGCACUGAAAUACACUCUUAAUUCUUAAUGUUAAACAUAUGUAUGUAUGCAACAACUUUUUGCAUUGUAGAAAAGAAAAUGUUUGAAUAGAACCACCUGUUCUUUAAAAUAACCCAGUUUACAUUACUUGUAACUGAAUUUGCACUGGGAACGAAAUGAAUCACUGAUGAAAUUAAGCCUGAGAGCUUUGUACUUGUAUUACUGGAGCUGACUUUUUAAAAGUGUAUCUGGAUUAGUUUUCAUAUUUCAAAGUGAUUUCAAUGUAAAUUUAAAAAACUGUUUAAGAGAAAAAUGAAAAAUUACUUGGAAAGCAAACAUUAAUUGUUUGAAAAAUUUAGUACCUUCAUUUUUAAAAAAGUCUUAAUUCCUGCCUUGAAACCUUUACCUUUUAUGUGUAUAUAUAUCAUGAAAGUCUGCAACUGAAUCUGCAGAAUAUGAAAGGAAUUUUAGAUUCCAGUGCUACCAUAUUGCAUAGUUAUGACGAUAGGUCUUACUAGACCACAUUUUUAGCACUGUACUGGAUUAUUCCAGUUUAUUUACAGCACUGAAUACUACUUUUUAAAUCUAGAGUGUGGGCUUUGAUGAAAAAAAGCCUCAAUCAUUUCUAUACUGGAUUAUAAUUUAUGUCAAAUGCACUGGUUUAAAUUGUUGUUUCAAGAAAUCAUCUCCAAACAAACCCUAAUUUAUCUAUUCUAACUUCAGCAUCUAAAAUAAUAUGUAAUUUUAAAAUCUCUUUAAAACUUGCAGUUUGUUCCUGAAGCAGUGUGCAACCAUGUUAUGUUUUUGGUCCUUAAUUACUUAGAUGUGAAGGCUUAAAAUGAUUUUAUUUGAAGGGGGGAGUGAGGGUUUAAAUUAUCUGUGAAGCCAAUAAUUUAUUGAUCAUUCCUCGGAAAGUCUUGACUUUUCUGAAUGGAAAGGCCGGGUGGUUUGUUUGUUUGUUUGUUUUUUAAGAAGGAAUGCACAUGCUUUGGGAAUAAUGUUUCUUACUUUUUCCCACUCACCAUGUAGAAUCUGUGGAUAGUUUUUUUGUUUAAAUUUAAGAUGCUAGUAAUUUUUACAGCAAGCUGCACCAUUCUACUGUAGUGAGAAAUGAUUUCUUAAACUGCUUGACAUAGCAUUUAGCGUGACCUGAGGGAUACUGUCCAAUGCCAAAGAAAGGGGUUUUACACUUCAUGAUAAAACAUUAUUUAUUGAUUUACCCUUUGGAACGACACUGUUGGCUAUGAAAUAAAAGGGUGAUGUG